GAACCUUACCUUCUCAGUAUUUAGUCACAUGCUGAUAUAUGCUCUAAAAACACAAGACUAAUAAGCAAGAAGAAUUAACUAAUGUUGAUAAUUUCUUCCUUUGCUGUGAUGCAUCUGUUAGUUGCAGCUAUAUUGAUAUCAGUAGUUUCUUUUGCUAAUGCAUUCACCAGAAACGACUUUCCUCCUAACUUCUUGUUUGGUGCUGGAACUUCAGCUUAUCAGGUUGAAGGUGCAGCAAAGGAAGAUGGCAGGAAACCAAGCAUAUGGGAUACUUUUGCACAUGCUGGCAAUGCAGGACAAUUCGAGGGAAAUGGCGACAUUGCAUGCGAUCAAUAUCACAAAUAUAAGGAUGAUGUCAAACUCAUGGCGAAAAUGGGCUUAGAUGCGUAUAGAUUUUCCAUAUCAUGGUCAAGACUUAUUCCCCAUGGGAAAGGGCCUGUAAAUCCAAAGGGACUGCAGUAUUACAACAACCUUAUCAACGAAUUAACAAGCCAAGGAAUCCAACCACAUGUUACAUUGCAUCAUUGGGAUCUACCGCAAGCACUUGAAGAUGAAUAUGAAGGAUGGGUUAGUCGAAGAAUUGUAAAAGACUUCACAGCAUAUGCGGAUGUAUGCUUCAAAGAGUUUGGAGAUAGAGUUAAAUAUUGGACCACAGUGAAUGAGGCGAAUGGGGGUGCACAAGGGGGCUAUGGUUUUGGAUUUUUACCGCCUCAAAGGUGUACUCUUCCCUCUAUAUAUAAUUGCUCCAAAGGUAAUUCUUCAACUGAGCCAUAUUUUGCAGCGCAUCAUAUGUUGUUGGCACACGCAUCAGCUUCGAGACUGUAUAGGAAAAAGUAUCAGGUAAGCCAAUAUAUCAGACAUACACCAUUUUGCUGUCAAUCAUCUAAGUGUGUGUUUGGGAAACUUAAAACUCACGGUGGAAAAUCAUGGUGGAACAGAAGCUACACAUACCAGCUUUUCAAAAUCAAGGUCAAGCAACAAGGUUUGAUUGGUCUUAAUCUCCUUGUUUUUGGUUUGAUUCCACUAACAAAUACUAGUGAAGACAUAAUUGCCACUCAGAGAACUCAAGACUUCAAUAUUGGGUGGUUUCUGAAUCCCUUAAUAUUUGGAAAAUAUCCUAGCACGAUGGAGAAGAAUGUUGGCUCAAGGCUUCCUAUCUUCACAAGUAGAGAAUCAAAUUUGGUUAAGGGCUCAAUAGACUUUCUUGGAGUCAACUUUUACAGCUCAUUUUAUAUUAAGAACAACCCUGGUAGUCUGAAGAAAAAAAAUAGAGAUUACAUAGCAGAUAUGGCCGUGGAGGUUAAGCCCUACUCUGGAAAUGGUACAUUUGCAGAUGAGCUUCCCGUUACGCCCUGGGUUUUGCAAGGGAUGCUUCAUUCAUUGAAGAAUGAUUAUGGCGAUUUUCCCAUUUACAUUCACGAAAAUGGUCAACUAACAGGUAGGAAUUCAUCUUUAGAUGACUGGCCAAGAGUGUGGUAUCUGCAUGAAUACAUAGGGGGCAUGUUUGAUAUGUUGAGGAAUGGACUGAAUAUUAGAGGUUAUUUUGUAUGGGCCUUUUUAGAUGUAUUUGAAUUACUAAAUGGAUUUGAACGAAGUUUUGGUCUAUAUUACGUACAUUUUGAAGAUCCAACCUUGAGGAGACAACCUAAACUUUCUGCUGUGUGGUACUCAAAUUUUCUAAACGAUAGACCUGUGGACUCAAAGAUCACCAUGAAGACUGAGGAGAAUUCAUCUGUACUCGCCAACACUCACUUAGUUCAUAUUGCCACUUAAAGUAAGUAGAUCUAGUUCAAAUAUAUAACCUUCUCUCUUUUUCCUUGGUAACAUUUUGGUUCUGUGUCCAUGUGAAAGAAAGUUGCAUGAAUAAUGGUUUGUAAACUUGUGUAUAUAAAGAUAUGUUGGUAUAUUAUGUGCCUGAUAAAACUUUUAUAUGAAGAUGUGUCUGAUGGAAAUA